UUCUGCCAUGCUUGGGGCUGCUGUACCCUGCCUGGAGAGGGCAGAUCUGGGGCACUCCAGCCCUUCUUGCAUGUACUGUGAACUUCCUGCCAGCAGCACAUCCCACAGUCUCCCAUCCUGCUGGUGGCUUGGGACACCCCGAGGGCCACAGCUGAGCCUGGCUGCAGGAGCCAGCAGAGGGUCCAGAGGUAAGGCUCUGGCUGGGGGUUUGUUUCCAGGUCUUGCAGAGGCUGCCAGGCCAUGCUGAGCUGUUGAGCCUCUUGCUGCCCUUCCCUGCUGCUCACCUGCUGGCCAGGGCUCAGCCCAUCCCACAGGUGUGGUUUGGAGCUGGACAGAAGGAAGCAGAGAGUGGAAGAAUUCAGUGGUAAGUGAGCAGCUGCCGGUGUGACGUCCUCCUCUGGCCUUGCUUCCUGUGCAGGAGCCCAGUGCUGUCCCUGUCACUUCCUCUCGUCCCAGGGCUGUUCAGGACAGUGUGGGGGAUCGGUUUCAAGGGUGCGAGCCCCCACCCUCCCGGUGACCCCCGGACCCCGCCCGGGGAUUCGCCAGCCCCUCGAGGAUGAAGACGCUGGUCCGGCUCUUCCUAACGCUGAUGUGCGCGGCGGUGGCGGCGGUGCUGUACAUCCUGCUCUGCUACCACACCCGCGUACAGCGCUGCUGCUCGGCCCCGGGGCUGCGGGACAGCCCCGCCACGUCCAGCGUCCGCAGCUUCCAGGGCUACAGCCGCGUUCCCGACGGGAAGCCGCUGGAGCGAGCGCUGUGCCGCCACUGCGCCAUCGUCUCCAGCUCGGGGCAGAUGCUGGGCUCGCAGCUGGGACAGGCCAUCGACAAGCAGGAGUGCGUCCUGCGCAUGAACCAUGCCCCCACCACCGGCUACGAGCAGGACGUGGGGGCACGCAGCACCAUCCGGGUGGUCUCACACACCAGCGUCCCGCUGCUGCUGGGGAACCAGCCCUACUUCUUCCAGCAGUCCCAGGAGACCCUUUACUUCAUCUGGGGGCCAGCAAAAAAGAUGAACAGGGAGAAGAUGGGCUCAACCUACCAGGCACUGGUCAAGGUGAUGGAGAAGUACCCUCAGCUGCAGAUCUACACCCUGACCGAGGAGAAGAUGACAUACUGUGACGAUGUCUUCCAGAAUGAGACAGGGAAGAACAGGAUGAAAUCCGGCUCCUUCCUUAGCACGGGCUGGUUCACCAUGAUCCUGGCCAUGGAGCUGUGCGAGCAGAUCUGUGUCUUUGGCAUGGUCAGCGACAGCUACUGCAGGGAAAAGAACCACUCCAGUGUGCCGUACCACUACUUUGAGAAGGGCCGGCUGGACGAGUGCAGGAUGUACCUGAUGCACGAGCAAGCUCGCCGGGCUGGGCACCGCUUCAUCACCGAGAAAGCCAUCUUCUCCCGCUGGGCCAAGAGGAGGAACAUUGUCUUCAACCACCCAUCCUGGGCAGGCAGGUAGGGCGCCAGCCACGGCGUGAGGCGGCAGGAACCUCGGCAGCAGGGCAGCUCUCAUCCUGCAGCAACACGUCUCAGCUCUGCCAGUGGCACGGUUGGACACUUUUGCCAAGCCCUGGAGCAGGGAGUCUCCAUCUCUGCAGCAGCGGUGCCUGUUUCCCAGCUGGUGGAUGGGCUGGAAAGCCCCUGUUGGUACAUGGGAGGCAUGAGCUGGACCCAUGCAGCCCCACCAGCUCCAAACACCUGCCUGGAUGGUGCCAGGGAGACCUGGUUUUCUGCUCUCUCUACUAGGAGGAAUAUUUAAUGCAGGAUUAGACACACUGCUGGACUCCAGCAGGACAUGGGGCAGAAAUGCUCAGCCCCUCCAGGGCCACAAACUUGUGCCUCUCACAGGGAUGAAGCUCUGCUGUGGUCCUUGCCCCACUUGUGCCCUCUGGACAGUGCUGGGUGUGGGAUGCAGGCAGCUGGAUCCAGGCUCUGCUUUCUGCUGCUUGGUGCCUGCAGCCCCUCAGCUGGAAGCCCUGGAGCCACCUGUGCCCUAGGGGCUAUGAAUUGCCUUGUCACAAGUGUCCUUGGAUUCAGACCAAAGCAAACGUGGCCAUUAAAAUUCUUUUUAAUUCA